AUGUACGGUAUAUUAUCAUCUGAUGCCAUGCUUGAGAGUCUGCUACCCGGCUACAGCUUCCUGGCUCGCCUUAUCUCGUUCUAUCUGUACAUGGAUACUUCAGUCUUUCUUCUUGCUUUUAUAGCUUCCUUCGUGAUUUUCACAUAUGCUGUUCCGGUGCUUUUGACCCGCCUGUAUUCUGUUCUUCUCAAUUUGGCAGCAUCAGUUGAGGUCCGAUAUCACGAUACCAUAUACAACGACGUGAUACAAUGGGCGUCUCAAUUACCUGCGUUAAGGGACGCACGGAAAUCGAUCGCCGGUACCAAGAAUAAUUUCGUCUCUCGGUGGGAGAAGGAAGAGCUAAAAACUGACUGGCAGGAGCUUUCUGAGGAAGAACUUCAGCAGUUUGACGACGACCCACGAGAUUUCUGGGUCAAAAUUAGACAACUACAGAGAUAUCUGCCUAUUCGAUAUACACCUGCACCUGCUGGCUUUCACUUCUUCUUUCAUCGAGGGUAUCUUCUCGGGUUUCGUCGUCAGCCAUACAAAGAUGCCGGCAGCCCUUGGACUGAUCAUCGCGAGAAAGUAUAUCUCUAUGCGUGGUGUCAGCCCGUUCUCAAAGAUCUGCUGCACGAGAUACAGGGGAUUGCUGUGAAAAAGAACGACGAUCUUAUACGCGUAAACCAAGCAUUGAAGGAUGGAAUGGCUCCUCAGUGGGCCGGGCUACAAUCCAAAAGACCACGACCUCUCUCGACUGUCAUUGUCGAACCCGAUAUCAAGCGCGCACUUAUCGCCGAUUUGACUGACUUCCUCCGACCGCGCACACGUUCCUGGUAUCACGAACGUGGCAUUCCAUACCGACGGGGGUAUCUCUUCCAAGGCCCGCCUGGUACCGGUAAAUCGAGUCUUUGCCUUGCUAUUGCGGGUUUGUUAAGUCUCCAAAUCUUCACAGAUGUGGAUCAAGCUGGCAUCGCAAAUCGCGGUCUUGACGAAACCCGCCCUUUGACUGACGAUACGUCAGGCAAUCCGGACUGUGGAGAGAACAUCGAUACUCCUGAAUCCUCUAAGCGCUUUCAUGGUGGUAUAACCCUCUCCGAAAUUUUGAAUAUCAUCGAUGGCGUAUCUGCUGAAGAGGGUCGCAUUUUGAUCAUGACCACGAACGAGCCAGACAGCAUCGAUGAAGCUCUUCAGCGCCCUGGCCGUGUGGACCGAAUCUAUCCCUUUCUAUUGGCAACUGAAAGGGAUAUCAAAGAACAAUUCCUGACCUUUUUUGCGAAGCCUUCUAAUCAACCUUUCAUUGUCAAACCUCAAACCUUGAAUGUGAACUGUGCGUUGGAGUCGGCCUCGCCAGAACGGUCACUGGAUGAUAUCAUUCUCUUGUCGGAAUCGUUUGCUACUAAGGUUGAGACGGAUAAAUACGCUGCUGCCCUGAUUCAAAACUAUCUUCUGUACUUUAGAAACGAUCCUGUGCCUGCGGAGCGCAACGUGACGCUCUGGACGAGCUGUAUGCAGAAAGGAGAAAUAUACACCUGA